AUAACUGUCACUGCCAAGGGUCAAGGCGACUCUUUCCCAAACGUUCUCCCAGAUCAGUCUUGUUGCCUGGAUGUAAAAGAAGUUAACAAGUUUCAGAUCCUCUGAUCUCCCUGUCCUUGUCUGAUGUUAUUGCAAUUCCACCAGGAAUGCCAGGAGUGGACCCAGAAUAAUCAGCACCUGCUCUUCUACCCUGGACUGGGAAAAAAAUCUUCUGUUGGGAGCAUCUAAAAUCAUUUCCAGCUACGGGAUUAACAGUUUUUUCAGAAUACUACCAUGGUGAGGAAUAUUGACGACUUCGAUUUUUGCCUUCCAUCCCAUCCUCAAUCUGUUCUGGAAGGACUACAGACUCUGCGUUCCAACCCCAAACUCUCAGAUGUCACUUUGAUUGUUGGGGGACAUGAAUUCCCUUGCCACCGCAGUAUCCUAGCCCUCAGUAGUCAAUACUUCAAUGCUAUGUUUGCUGGUGACUUUAUGGAAAGCUUUUCAGCACGUGUAGAGAUCAAAGAGGUGGAUCCUGUCAUUAUGGAGUCCUUGAUUAAUUUUGCUUACACAGGAAAGGUGACUAUCAAUCAGGCAAACGUGGAGGCCUUGAUUAGGACAUCCAGCCAACUCCACUUCCCCAUCAUCCAGAAAGUCUGCAGUCGGUACUUGAGACAGCAGAUGGAUGCCAGCAACUGCUUAGGCAUUUGUGAGUUUGGAGAGAUGCAUGGCUGUUCAGAGGUUUCAUCUGAGGCUUGGUCAUUUUUGCAAGAACAUUUUGAACUUGUAUCUCAACAAGAAGAGUUUCUUCAACUAUCAAAAGAGAGGCUAGUUAUUUAUCUGUCCAACAACCUACUGCAAGUACAAAAAGAACAGAGCCUAGUUGAAGCUGUGCUCAAAUGGGUCAAGUAUGAAAAAUCAGCCAGAGUGGUGCACCUCCCAGAGCUCCUUGACCUAGUGCAUUUGGUUUCACUGCCAGAUCAGUAUCUGCAAAACAUGUUGUCAUCUGAACCGCUGAUUCAAGAAUCAGAAGCUUGCAAGGCUAUCAUUGCAAGACAUCGGAGCACGGCAGAGAACAGGCCCUUUGUCCAGCAGAGACUGAAGGCCCUUCCACAAAAGCUGGAAGAGGUGCUGGUAGUUGUGGGAGGCAGAGCUCUGGAAGAAAAUGAGGAAGAUGAACAGCCACCACACUUCUCCAGAAAUUUUGCCUUUUAUAACACUAACACUAAAAUAUGA